AUGCUCCCCUCCCAGAUCAAUGGUUCGCCGAAGCGUGCCAAUCCCUUUGGCCGCGCAUCCCCCUCACCCUCACCAUCCUCGAGCCCACAGACGAAAGCGCGCCCAAAAUCAGCCGUUCUUGCAUCCGUCGGGAAGUUCGAGGAGCCAAAAAGCCACACUCGAAACUCAUCAUCCAUUUCUCACUCUUCACUGGCGCCCUUUGCCCGGAAUGCAAGCCGCCAAAGGUCAAAUUCUCUGCGACACGAUGUCGCUUCCGGUACAUUCGCGCCGGACUUCAUCAAAUCCGAGGAUUUGCGUCGAGGUGCGGACCAGAUUCGAGGACAGGAAGGUGACAAUGACUUCUCGGGAAACAAAUACGUCUGGUUACGUGAUCCGGAGAAGGCAUUUGUCAAAGGGCUUGUCUUAGAGGAACAAGAUGGAGGCCGGUUACUGGUGCAAACUGAUGAUGGCCAGAAGCAACGGGAAGUGGACGCCGACCAAGUUGACAGAGUCAACCCAGCGAAGUUCGACAAAGCGGACGAUAUGGCUGAACUUACACACCUGAACGAGGCCUCUGUAGUACAUAACCUCCACACUCGUUACCAGGCAGAUCUCAUAUAUACCUACUCUGGACUUUUCUUGGUGACUGUCAACCCAUACUGCCCACUGCCUAUUUACUCCAAUGAGUACAUCAAUAUGUACAAGGGACAGAGUCGAGAGGAAACUCGACCACACAUUUUCGCCAUGGCCGAUGAAGCGUUCCGGAACCUGGUGGAAGAGGGCGAAAACCAGAGUAUUCUUGUAACAGGAGAAUCCGGAGCAGGCAAAACGGAAAAUACGAAGAAGGUUAUUCAAUACCUUGCGGCCGUUGCAACUUCAGAUAAUAUGUACUCCCGCUCCGGGAGCAAGCAGAUGAACACCCUUUCGCAGCAGAUUCUGAGGGCCAACCCAAUUCUCGAGGCCUUUGGUAAUUCACAAACUGUCAGAAACAACAACUCAUCUCGUUUCGGCAAGUUCAUUCGAAUCGAGUUCUCUCGAUCUGGUCAGAUCUCUGGCGCUUCGAUUGAUUGGUACCUUCUGGAGAAGUCACGAGUGGUGAAGCCCAACUUGCAGGAGAGGAACUACCACAUUUUUUACCAGCUACUUAGGGGUGCAGAGCCCGAACUGAGGCGGAAGCUGCUUCUCUCAAACUUGCAGAUUGAGGACUUUGCUUACACCAAGGACGGGAAUGACACGAUUGCCGGCGUUUCGGAUGAACAAGAAUGGGACUCUUUGCUGGAGGCGUUCCAUAUCAUGAAUUUCUCGGAAGAGGAUCAAAUGUGUAUCCUUCGCACAGUCGCCGCUGUCCUCCAUCUAGGAAAUAUCACCAUCAUGAAAGAAAGUCUACGGGCUGAUCAAGCCGCCCUUGGUCGCGACGCGCUUGACAGUGUCCACAAAGCUUGUCAGCUUUUGGGCAUCGAGACUGAACCCUUUGUCAAGGGACUAUUGCAUCCAAAGGUUAAAGCCGGCCGAGAGUGGGUGGAGAAGGUGCAGACUCCUGAACAGGUACGGCUAGCAUUGGACGCUUUAGCCAAGGGUAUUUAUGAGAGAGGAUUUGGUGACCUCGUCAACCGCAUCAACAGCCGACUGGACCGAAACACUGUCACGGGCGAGGAGAGCUAUUUUAUUGGCGUCCUCGAUAUCGCUGGUUUCGAGAUCUUCCAACACAACAGCUUUGAGCAACUCUGCAUCAACUACACGAAUGAAAAGCUGCAACAGUUCUUCAACCACCACAUGUUUGUUCUGGAGCAGGAGGAAUAUGCACGCGAACAGAUUGAAUGGCAGUUCAUCGAUUUCGGUAAAGACUUGCAGCCAACAAUCGACCUCAUUGAAGUCACAAAUCCCAUUGGUAUCUUUUCUUGCUUGGAUGAGGACUGUGUCAUGCCUAAAGCCACAGACAAAUCGUUCACCGAGAAGCUCCAUUCACUGUGGGAUACGAAGUCCGCGAAGUAUCGAGCAUCUCGCCUCCGUCAAGGCUUUGUCCUUACCCACUAUGCAGCUGAGGUGGAAUAUUCCACUGAUGGAUGGCUGGAGAAAAAUAAGGACCCCUUGAAUGAUAAUAUAACCAGACUACUUGCAUCUUCUCAGGAUCGGCAUAUUGUCGAUCUCUUCUCAGAUUGCGGAAACAGCGACGAGGUCGAUCAACCCAGAAGUCGCGUGAAGAAAGGCCUGUUCCGUACAGUCGCCCAGAGACAUAAGGAACAGUUGUCGAGUCUGAUGAAUCAGCUUCACUCAACUCACCCUCACUUCGUUCGGUGCAUUAUACCAAACCAUAAGAAACGCCCAAAGAUGCUGAAUGCCCCAUUGGUACUUGACCAACUGCGCUGCAACGGUGUUCUCGAGGGUAUCAGAAUUGCUCGUACAGGCUUUCCCAAUCGAUUGUCCUUCAAUGAAUUCCGCCAACGUUAUGAGGUACUCUGUCGGGAUAUGCCCAAGGGCUACAUGGAUGGCCAGUCCGCCGCCCGAAUAAUGCUUCAGAAGCUGGCUCUAGAUAAAGCAUGGUUCAGAGUCGGUCGCACCAAAGUGUUCUUCCGAGCUGGCGUCCUGGCAGAAUUGGAGGAAAAGCGUGACGAGCUCAUCCGUACCAUUAUGACACGAUUUCAGUCUGUGGCGAGAGGAUUCGUGCAGCGCCGAAUCUCCAACAAAAGGUUAUAUCGUGCGGAAGCAACACGCAUCAUUCAGCACAACUUCCAAGCCUAUUUGCAAAUGAAGUCAAACCCUUGGUGGCGUUUAUUCUCAAGAAUGAAACCGCUUCUUGGGGAGACGCGCACUGCCCACGAGGUGAAGAGAAGGGACGAUAAGAUCAAACAGUUAGAGACAAGAAUGAAGCAGGACCAGUCGGAACGCCAAAAAGUCGAGGAAGAAAGACGUCGGGCAGAGAUAGAGAUACAGAAGAUCCAGCAGACCCUAGAGAGCGAGCGAGCAUUGGCUCUCGACAAGGAAGAGAUUUUUAGGAGACUGCAAGUUCGCGAGGUAGAACUCAGCGAUAAGCUAGCAGGAGCCAUCGCUGAUCAAGAAAACCUCGAAGAUCAACUUGACGAAUUAAUCUUGGCAAAGAAGAAGACAGAGGAGGAGCUGGACUUGCGCAAGACGCAGCUCGAGCAGGCCGGCGAAAUCAUCCAGCGCCUAGAGGCAGAGAGGAAGGAGAUGCAGCACAAGUUAGAAGAGUUGGAGCAGAAGCUUCUUGAAGCACAGAACAAUGCGUCCGUGACUGAGAAUCAUAUGAACGAGCUUGGCCAAGAGGUCAAAAUGCUGCAAAGCCACCUCAGUCUGAAAGAUCGAAAAUUACAGGAUCUAGAAGCGAAAUUGCUGAAGACCGACCAGGAUCUUGAUAUCAAGCUGGCAAAAACAACAAGAGAAUUGGACCGGUCAAAGAAGGAAGUCAAAGACCUUCUCGAGGAAAACCGUACCAUAAGGCAGCAGAUCUCUGAUCUCUCAAAUACGUCUACCAGUUACGAAGAAAUGCUCCGGCGCAAGGAAAGCGAGCUUACAGUUUUACGCAACGAUGCCAAAAAGCAUGCCGAGGAGAAGCAACAGUUGGACCUUGAAAAGUCCAACCUUUCAACACGGCAUGAUAACAUGCAAAAUAAGCUUCGUGAGCUCCAAGCUCAAGUUGACGCAAUGAAAUCAGAAAAGAUACAACUCGAGCGUGAAGCUGCCGACGUUCAGAAGCUUCUGCAGGCGAAGAUGUCUGAAGAUGCCGAGGCCGGGGAAAGCCGCAAGCUUCUUGAGCAGCAGACCCAGGACCUGAAAAAUCAACUAUUCCAGGCACAGGCUGAGCUUAGUAGGGAGCGGCAGUCGAGGGAUGAUGUCCAGAUGCUUGCUGAGCAUAACCUGGCGGAGCUCAAAGACAAAUUCGAAUCUCUAAAUGAGGCAAAGAUCACCAUCGAGAAGGAGAUGUACAUCCAACAAGACAGCCUUCGACGGGCUACGGAAGCUCGCGUUGCCGCUGAACAGUCGCGAAAAGAGCUCCAGACAGAAUUGAUCAAGCUUCGCGAUCGAUUUACUAGUGCUGAAGAUGCUCGCCUGAGAGCCGAGGCUGAAAUGGAGCAAACGCUUGUAAAACAAAGCACCCAGCGCCUCGAGAGCAUCAGGAAAGAGCUUGACGAUACCAUGCACCGCCUGGAGGAGGUGGAAGCGGAGAGGUUGCGUCUUGCAGCACGAGAACAGCAACUCAUGAACGCUAUCGCCGAGUCUGAGAACUUCCGUAUCCGUCAUGAUCAGCAUAAGGAGCGCUUAGAGAGGGAGCUGGUCACUCUCAAGGGCCGACUGACUGCAUCUGAAAAUGACAACCGCGCUCUGUUGACCAAGAUCCAGCAGAAGAACCUUGACAUCGCCAGGUCCAACUCAAAGGCAAGUGAAAGCCAACGCUUACGUGUCGCAACUCUCCAGAAGGAGAAGACCAAGCUUGAGGAAGAUAACAAGGCCCUUUCCCGACAACUAGGCGACCAGCAACUCUCCAUCACGUCGUUGGAAAAGCAAAAAGAGAAGCUUUCUUUGAGUGUGGAAGAUCUAAACCACGAAGUGAACAGAGAACACAAAGCUAGCCGCAAUGCUGAAAAGGCUGCCUCUACAGCAUCUAUCCAACUGGCAGAAGCGAACCGGAACUUGGAAACUGAGAGGCAACUCAGGGCCCAGGCGCAGGCCAAUACGCGAAAGCUGCAAACCUCAUUGGAUUCCUCAAAUAAAGAAAUUGAAGACCUGCACCGCCAGCUAAUACUACUCCAUAAGAUCGUUGAGCCUGAGGCCGAUCCUUCCGCUGAUUCCUGGGAGAAGAUCCAGCCAGAUCUGUCCAAGAAGGUCGACCUAGCUCAGCUGGUAGAGACCAUGCAAAGCCAACUGCAAGUUUCUGAGGAGAAGUAUAACCGAGCUGAGGCUCAACUUGCAGAGAUGCGCCGUCGACAUGGAGAAGAGAUGAAGGACCUCGAUGCCCGUUACUCUUCUUCCAAACGCGCAUUGUUGGAAGAAAUCGAUCAGAACGAAGUGGCUAAUCGAACUCCUAACCACCUCCGUAAGAACUCUGACAUUGCGAAGAAGUUCGGAGCGCCAACAACACCCAAUCGCCGACUGAACCUCAACGACAACUCGAAUGACUCGGCGCGGUCCGACAGAACUGUGGACACUGUCGGCUAUCAGAAACGCAUGGACCUCGCAGCUGAGAUUGAGGAACUUCAAAACAAACUCCAGAUGAGCGAGAUGCAGGUCAAGCACCUGCAGGACCAACUCGGCCGAUCUGUUCCUCCCAGGGACAUAUGGCAAGAUGACAGCCCAUCAGUCAGACGCAUGCAGCUUCUGGAGCGAGAGAAUGGUCGACUGCACGAGCAACUCGAUGAUUCGUCAAAAAAAGUAUCAGCCCUUGAAAGAAGCAUCCAGUCCGGAGAACUGUCGCUACGGGAUGUUCAGGCUAAAUCUCAUGAAGAACUGUACGAGCUCAUCAACUCUCAGGAGCAGUCUAGGAGGUCCUUGCUUAGGGUUCACAAUGAGACUGUGGCCGAGAUUACUGAUGCUAAAGCACAGUUUGAGAAGCUUAAGCGAGCAAAGGCAGCCCUCGAGGUUGAACUUCGGGAUGCAUGCUCAGAGGCGCAAGAAUUGCAGGUGGCCAGAGAACAGGAUGCUUUGAGCAGGAACCAGCUCCUACAGGAAUUUUCUGAUCUGCAAAUCCGUCUUGACGCCGAAACUUCCAAGUCAGCCGACCUUGCCGCGAGCCUGAGCCUGUACAAGAGUCGUGCGGAUGAGUAUUUCAGCAAGCUCGAGCAAGCAGAAAUUACGCUUCUCAAGGCUUCUCGUGCAGAGCAAUUUGCCAAAGCUCAGGCUAAGGAGACCGAGGACAGCUGUGCGCAAAUCAUGGCGGAGCGCAAAGAGAUGGAGGCCAUGAUUGACGACUUGCAGCGGCAGACGCAGUCUUUCGAAGCUAGAAUGGAAGACCAGGCGGCUGAGCUGGACGCUGCUCUCCAAGCCAAGCAACGUCUCCAGAACGAGCUCGAGGACUACAGGAAUCAGCGUGCCAUCGAUAUUGAGGACAAGGAGACUUCUAUGGAACAGACGAGACAGAAGUACCAAAGGGAGAUCACCACGCUCAACAACGAGCUUGAAAUGGAACGUGAAAAGGUGCUCAACGGCCGAGGAGAGAGCUCUCGCCUCCGUGAAGAGCUCGAAGACCUUCGCAGCAAAUGGGAUAAUGAAGUGUUGAAUAGCUCAACCUGGGCCAAGGAGAAAUCACGCAUGGAGGUCAUGCUUCAGGAUGUGACUACUUCCCGUGACGAAGCGGUCAAUGCUCACAACGAGGCGCAAUCCAGAGUUGUUUCGCUCUUAUCGGAGGUCCGAAGCCUGAGAACUUCUGUUGAUGACGUGACUGCGGAACGUGACAUGGUGCUCAAGGAGAAGAAGAUGCUAGAAGCACGAUUGACAGAAGCUGGCGAGCGCCUAGAGGACCUGGCGAAGGGUGAAAGCCCGUCCAUGCGCAACGCUGCCAGUAUGGAUCGUGAGAUGUUGGAGCUCAAGGCGAAGCUUGCUCAACAGGAAGACCUUUCUCUCGCAGCUGUCGGGAAGAUGAGACGGGCCGAAGCUCUUGCGAUUGAGAUGCAGAAGGAGGUGACUGCUGAGCGAGAGGCGACUGCACAGCUCUUCAAGGACAAGGCCGCCUUGGAGAAACAGCUGAAGGAGUCGCAAUUGCGAUGCGUUGACUUGGAGACGAAGAGCUACUCCUCCGGUAGCCAAGAUAUCAGGUUCCUUCACAAGAGAAUCAAGGAGCUGGAAACCCACCUGGAGGAACAAGAAGCCAAGAACAGCUCAGAGCAGCGUUCGUUACGAAACGUUGAUCGCACGGUCAAGGAUUUGCAAUCCCAAAUUGAGCGACGCGAGAAGAUGAAUACUCAGCUAGAAGAUGAGGUGAACAGGGGCCGUGAGAAGGUUGAGCGACUCCUGAAGAACAUCGACGAACUCCAACAGAGCGAGUCUGAUUCGCAACUCCAAGCCCGCCGAGCCGAACGGGAGCUCCGUGAGGAGCGCGAGAAGUCGUUGAGACUGGAGCGUGAGCUCAACGGCUGGAAAGCCCUCAGGGUAGAAAGAGGAGGCAGUGCCAUAGCAAGGAGCCAUGCCGCUUUUAGUGAUGCUGGGAGCCGCAAGGGAAGCGGCGCUUAUACCACCAGCGACCUGCAUCGAAUGCCUAGCAACACCAAAGGUUUCCUUUGA